AUGGUUACAGUACUCGUCACCCGGAACGGGAUACCCACGCCCACCCUCGUGCCAGCUACCGGCACAAUACGCGCUCCGCUCCCUUCAUCCUCCUCUGACCCGGAUUCGGAACCCGAAAUGAACCAGCCCCCUGCCGCCACACCACUAACCCCACGCCAGCUACGUUCCAAAAUAGCUGCAGACAAAUUCCUGGCCCGACAGGAUCGCAUCCGGGCAACUCGCGCCGCCACGCGGCCUCUCACACGCCAACCCCGCCCAUCCAGGCUGAGCAACACGCACACCAACCACACGGCAACUCCAACCCAAUACCUCUCUGAGGAUGACAAACCCAUCCGUCCCCGACCUGCUCGCAAGCCAUCCCCGCCCACUACCCCACCUCAGGCCCUGCCCUCCAAAUCUGCCCAUGGCCCAGCCCCGUCCACUACCAAGCCAACCACACCUACCUCCACCAAGACCAUACGCAGCUCCUCCACGCAAAUCUCGCUCCCAGAGGUAUGGCGACGUACACAGAAACCCGAUACCACAACAGGACCCAUGGACCUCGCGAGAGAAACUCCCCAUCCCCUACCACCACAGCCACUCCUUGCCAAGUUACGCGCCACCCUGGGGCACACAAUCGCACAAACGUCCCACUCCCAGCAAACCCAUCACCUCACCCAUCACCAGGACCAUCUGGCACCGUUCAGCAACAAAUUCCGCCGGACCAAGCCUUCAGCCGUCUCCACCAUGGGCACACUGCACAACCAAGCACAUCUCACAUGUACCCACGCUCGGCCACGCCUCCCUCUAGCCCACCACCAUCCCCGGGCACCUGGACAGUACCACACCCACAACCCACCGGACCAACGGCACCCUCGGUACAAGAUUCGGACCAGCAACCCACCCCACUGGGACAGGCCUCUGUCCAGCCAAUGGAAACCAUAG